AUGGCAGAAUCAACACCCAUCCCCGUUGUCUCGUUCGCGAGAUUCCUCACCGGCGACCGUGCGGACCAGCAACAAGUGGCCCGACAAGUCUAUGAUGCAUUCUCUGAGGUUGGGUUUAUCUAUCUGAAGGACCACGGCAUUCCCCAGACAAGGGUUGAUGAGAUCUUCGCUCUGGCUGAAAAGUUCUUCUCCCUUCCCUUGAGCACCAAGCUCGCGUACAAGCUCUCCAAUGCGCACGUCAACCAGGGAUACACUGCUGAUGGAGCUGAAGGGGUCAACGAUCACAAGGAAUGCUACGAGCACCGUCGGUUCACGAACGAGCUGUGCCCUUCGGAAAGCGACAUGCCGGGCUUCAAAUCCACGCUCGAUGACUUCUACAAGCAAUGCUUCUCCCUCGCGAUGAAUGUGCUCAAGUGUCUCGCCAUGGUGAUGGACCUCGGGGACGAUUUCUUCGAGGGCAUCACGAAGAAAGCGGACCCGCAGAUGCGGCUACUUCACUAUCCACCGAUCGAGCGCAGUGUGAUCGAGCAGAAGGGCCACGCGAGGAUCAAUGCCCACACGGACUUUGGGCUGUGCACGUUGCUGUUCCAGGACGGCGUUGGCGGGUUGGAGGUGGACCCGUCGCACGAGAACAAAUUCGUCCCGGCUCCGCCCAUUCCAGGCGCCGUGUUGAUCAAUAUCGCCGACCUGCUGCAGCGGUACACCAACGGACGGGUCAAAUCCACGCGGCAUCGGGUCGUCAGUCCGUCGCUGGACCAGUUCAAGGACUGCGACGUCUUGCCGUCCCGAUACAGCAUUCCUUUCUUUGUGCAUCCGGACCCUGAGACGCUCAUCGACCCAAUCCUCUUGAACGAGGGCGAGGUUAAGUUGUACGAGCCGGUGAAUGCGGGCCAGUGGAGGGACUGGAAGACAGCUACUAACUAUAGACUCAAAAGUGAGAACGGCGAGGAGGUGAGCUUGAGGAGCGUGGCGGUUGAGACUUGA